AUGGCGCAAACUGCGUCGACAGCCCUGGACGUCUCCUCCGGCUCCGGCCACGGAGUCGGGCAUCUGCUCCAGCGCGCGGGAUCACAGGGAACCGAAGGCGUCUCAGCUGCGGCUCCGUCCCCCCUGAACUCUUCUCUCUCCUCUUCUACCAGCGUCGGCGCGCCGAUCUUGAUGAGUGUGAACGGGACUGAAGCCUCCGCGGGCUCGACGCCGAGGCCUGGCUUUCCGGCGGCCCACGGUCACCUCUCUUCUUCUCACCCGGGUGCUGCCGUCUUCUUCACCCCGAAUGCGGCCUCAGAUGGGAACGCGAUCGUGGCCAUAUCGGCGCCGUCUUCUCUGCCCUCAGUCUCCCUACCUCUGCCGUCUUCCCACGUCGACCUGUCCCAGCUGCAUCCCGCUCUCUCGCAGGCGCACGGCAACGCUGGAGCGAACGCGAGUUCGUCCUCCCAUCUGUUGUCCCAGAUUGGCGCCUCGUCUCUGUUGUUGCUCUCGUCACCGGGCCCCGGCGUCUCUUCGUCUGGAGCCGCCGGGGCGAAGGGGACUGUCCCGGGAGCCUCGGUCGGCCAGGGGAUCCUCUUCCCGCAGGCCGGCGGUGCCACUCUGAUCGCCAACCCGGGCUCCGCGGGGCCGAGCCUCGUCGCUCUCUCUUCCGCGCCCUUCUCCGCCUCCCACCCGCACCACGCCUUCCUCGCCGGCCAGGGACAACCCCCCGCGGCCUGGGUCGUCGACGCGGGGGGCGUCUCCUUCUCGGGGCCGUUCGCCGUCGGGGCGCCAGUCUCCGGCCUGGCGACAGGCGCGGGCGCCCUGGGGCGGCGAGCGAGCCCGCAGCCCUCGCCAACGGCCUUCUCCUCGUCGUCCUUCUCCUUCCAUUCGCCCUCGUUCCAAGCCGUCCCCACCCACGAGGGCGGGAUCUCCGCCCUCGCGGCCGCCAUCGCCGCCGUGAAGGUGGAGCCCAAUGCAGUCGCGGAAGACGGGAGGCCCGGAGAGGCUCGAGACACGCCUUCGGGCGCGGCGCCCCAGGCGACUGAGAACGCCAUGGGCGCGACCGUCGAAGCGCGGCCGCCCGGCGAGUGCACCGCUUCUCCCACGCAUAUGGGCGUCCUCCCAGCGGGCUCCUCGUCCCCGACCCCUGUUCUCUCGAGUAUGGCUGUCUCUUCGUCUCUUCAACCGGGGGCGGGGCUCCUCGUUCGUAGCGGCAGCGGCUCCACUCCCUCCUUUGCGUCAGCUGCGCCCCACGGAGACCCGAACGGCGCUCCGGGAUCCAGUGAAGGCCACGACGAGACCGCGUCUGGAUCCGCAGCGCAGGGACAGGCCUGUCUUCUGCCCGGGGACGGCGCGUCUGCGAGCGGCAGCGCCGUGCUGCUGUCUCCGACUGGAGUCGGCUCUGCGACUUUCGAGGGCGACAUGGCGCGGGCGGAAGGUGCCCAACCGACUGGAGCGGUCUCGGCAAUCUUCGACGCCCUGAAUGCUCAGUGCCGCCCAGGACAGGGUCAAGGCGACCAGGCUGAGGCGUCUCCUGCAGUGUUCUUCGCUGGGCGCCAAGACUUGGCGAGUCAGGAGGCGUCCGGAGCCGUCCAGGCGGGUCUUCUCUCGACGCAUCCUUCCUCGCAGCAAGGUCUCACGGUCGUCCCCUCGCCCAUUCUUUCUGCUUCCUUCCCUUCUUUCUCUUCCUCGUUCACUCCCUUCCCGUCCUCGGCCCUCACAGCCGUCACUGUUGAGCGCCUUGCCGCCCUCGCCGCCGUCGUCGCCGGGGGCCCAGCGGCUCCCGGCGUCGCCCCUGCGGUCGCCGCUAGGGAGAAUCUGGGCUUCCUAGGGGGUGCAGGGGCGGUCGGAGACACCCCCGACGCAGAGGCCGCGCCGGAAGCGGGCGCGGCGCAGUUUGCGGGCGCCACUGGAGCCCCAGGCCCCGAGGGCUCCCAGGCGGUUGCGGGGAAACGGCCGCGGGGCCGGCCGCGAGGCAGCAAAAACAAGUUCCCGCGAACAGCCAAUCGCCCGACGCCUGCCGCGGGCACGGCCUCUGCGGAUGCCGCGGCGGCAGGGCCCGUUUCUGCAGGCCCCGGAGUGGAUGCAGCGCCGAGCGGGGCCGCUGGGCCUCAAGACGCGGUGUCUGCAGCGUCGGAGACAGCAGAGACAGGGGCCGAAGCGUCGGCGGAUGCCACGCCGGCUCAGGCUCUCGCGACGCCCGCCAAAAAGCGCCGUGCAGGCGUAAGCCGGAAGAAAAAGACGGCUCCCGGAGAAACGACGACCGCGCCGGGAAACGUCGAGGACAGUGGAGCACCAGGCGGUUCCGGAGGCCUGGGCGCGGCCGAGCCCGCAACUGCUGCGUUUUUGUUGUCCGUUCCUUCGUUGCCCGACGGACCCCACGACGGGGCUCGUUUGUCUGUCAGCGAGGCCUCGGGAGGUGCGCCGGUGCCGCCGGGGCCCGAAACCGCGGCUGGGAGUCCCUCGUCAACGUCCGACAAAGACCGUGGCGUGGCCGAGCCAGGCGCCCGGGCCGAGGCCCCGGGCCCAGAAGGCCCUGCGUGUGGAGGGUCUCCUUGUGGGGCGAAACCGUCGCCGAGUUUUGCGACCUUGCCGGGAAGCUGCGGAGACGUCUCGGUUCCCGCCCUCUCUGCGGGGAGCUCUGGCGGAAGCCCCAACCUUCUGGAGGUGUCCGCCUUGGCUGCGGAUUCCUUCGCGGGCGUGGGCCUCAGCACUGCGUCGGAAAAUGUGGAGGCCGCCCAGGCGGGUGGCGCAGGAUCGUCCGCGGUCGUCGGAGACGUCCAGGCGACAUCCGUCGUUCUGGUCCCCGGUGCGGCACCGGCUGCGGGACAGAGGCCCGCGGGCCAGAAGCCCCAGGUGGAGCCCGCGAUGGCGUCGCCCCUCACAGGCGCCCCCUGCUGUGGGGAGUCCCGGAGCGCGGAGACCUGUCCGCCGCUUGGCGGGCGAGGCGAGAGGCCCGAGAGCGCGAGCGAUGUGUCUCCACCUCUGGUGUCUCCGCCUGUGGCGUCGGGCGCAGCCGCGGCGCCGUCGCCAGGCGACGAGGGUGCCCCUGCGCCGACGCUCGUGAAGGCGGACGCGGGCGACGCAGAUUCGCGCUCGCUGUCGGGCGAGGCGCUGGCUUGGCGGGGUCUGGGCAUGAUCAAGGCGGGCGGCAUUCGCAAGAGCUACUCGGCGUCAUUCAAGCUAGCAGUUGUCGCUGCGGCCGAGGGGAUGAGCAGCAACACGAAGGCGGCGAAGCAGAUGGGCGUCACUGAGAGUUUGGUGCGUCGGUGGCGCAUGCAGAAGGCGGUGUUGGAGCAACUGCCGGGCGAGAAGCUGUCGCGGCGCGGGCGGAAGCACGGCAAGUACGUGACCCUCGAGCAACAACUCUGUCUCCACGUCUGUGCGGUCCAGCAGCAGGAAGGGCGGAUUCUGAAGGACACGGAGAUGCGGCGCCUCGCGAGCGAAAUCGCGGGGAACUUGGCCGUGUCCGACUUCAAGGCGAGUUCGACCUGGUGCUUCCGAUUCAAGCGGCGCUGGGGCCUGGACCGCGUCCAGAACACCCAGUCGAGCGCCGCCCACGCGAAGAGACACACGACUGUCUCAGCCGGCGCAGAGGCGAGCGCAGAGAGCGCGGGCUUGCUAGGCAAACCGGGAGGCGCGGCGGGCGCCGGCGCUCUGGGCGAGGGCGACGGUACAGGCAAGCCGGACCCGAAGAAAACGGCGAGCCUCGAGUCGGAGACUGCCGCUGUCGACAGCCUCGCGGCUGUGAUAGUCCCGGAGGUGCGAGGCGAGGGCGAGGAAGGCGGGGAGGACGAGGGCGGCCGAGACCGAGCGGCGGCGGGGCUGGCGACGAACGGAGCCUGUCCCCUGGAGCCCCGGACUUUGGACGCGCUGCCGAGCGACGCGGGGCCGAGGCCCGUAGAUGGCGAGGCCCGCGCCGACAGGUCGCCCCCCAGAGGAGACAGCGAAGGCGACCACGGAGACUCUGGGCUUGGCGCGAGUGCGCCUGCAGCGGCUCCUGGCGAGGCAGGCGGGUGCGGCGCAGCCGCGUCUUUCUCGUUUUCUGCGUCGGUGGCGACGCUUCCUGGCGGGGGCGAGAAGAGCGACGGCGCUCGCAAAGAGAGACAAAUCCUCUUCCCCACGCAAAUGGAGAACCCCGGCACAGGGACCGCGCCCGCGCAGAGCUUGGCUUCUGUCUCCGGCUCGUUUCCCGCCUCUGCGCCGCUGACGCCGAGCGCGCCGGGCUCCUACGCCUUCACGGCUCUGCCGUCUCCUCACGGAGCGGGACUCCACGACCGGCCAGGCGCCUCAGCCGUCCCGUCGAGGACCGGCGAGGGCGGCGUCGGUCCGUUCCCCGCCUCGUUUUCUUCUGGCGCCCUGCCGCUGGCCUUUCUGACGCCGGCGCUCUCCCUCAUGCGGGACGAGCGAAAGGAUUCCGCGAACGGAGACGAAGGCCCGGGCGACGCAGGCCACGAACGGAGUCUCGCGGGGACUGAGAGCCUCUGUCUGUUGCUGCCUCAGGGCGCGAACCAGGCGGAGCAGGAACUCGCGCUGCAGCAGAAGCUGCUCGAGCUCCAGAGACAGCAGGAGGCGCUCGAGCGCGAGAUUGCGCAGCACCGCAUGCAGUCGCAGGCCUUCCAGCGCGGCCGCCCCGCGGCGCGGGCCGAAGGCGAGAAGGCAGAGGGUCGUGCCGUCGGAGACGCGGCGCGGGAAGGCGCGGGCCUCGCUUCGCUUGUGGGAGGAGACGGGACUCAGUCGGAUGCAGCCCCGGAGGCUGCCUCCGACAGGGGAGACACCCCGAAUGGCGAGGAGACAUCGCACCCAGGCGUGUCGCAUGCGGCGCCGCCUCUCACGCUCCACGCGUCUUCUCCGUCGACGGGUCGACUCUCUGCGUCUUCGUCGGCCGCCGCGCUAGGCACUCCACGCGCAGGAGCCUCGGCGCCCGUCGGGUCUCCGGCCCCAUUCGCGUCCUUCGCUGCGUACGCUCCGCCGUUCCUUUCGUCGCCAAACGGAGGAGGAGCUGAAGCCGAGCCAGCGAGUGCCUCUGUCCCACAGACAGGAGACAGAGGGGCGCUCGGGGAUCGCGCCGCGGGUGGGGCGGAAACAGAGACAGCAGAGAACGCUCGAGAAGAGGGCGGCUGCGCCGUUGGGUCUUCCUCGAAUCCGAAGCAGGCGCCGACCGCUGCGGCGUUCCCUUCGUCUUUUUUCUCGUUUCCUCUCGCACACCCGAGCGUGCGCGACGAAGUCGCUUUCUCUUCUGCGCCAGGCCACCCUUCGGAGGCGCUCCAGGCCGCGUCUCUCUCGUCUUUCGCUUCAGGGUCCGCGUCUGCACGCUCCUCGGUCGCCUCUUCGUUUCCUGCGCACUUUGCGGUCUCCUUCGAGCGCUCAGAGGAGGCGGGAAGAGACGACGCUGCGCGCGAGGGACAGAGACCCGUGAGCGGAGACGGGCGAGGGGCGCGAGAAGGGACAGAGACGGCGACUGCGCAUGCAGCUCCGGCCUUCGCCUCGCUCGCCUGCGCUCCUGGCGAAGCGCAUGCAGACGGAGCGGGGACCGCGAGAGACGCGAGACCGGACGAAACGAACGGCGAGUGCCUCGAAGCGCGGGGCGGCGCCGCGGGCCCUCGAGACAGUCGGGAGAUACCUGGUGAGGCGAGCAGGCCGGAGGAGGCGCUGGCGAGGGAGGCUGCGCUGAACGACAAUUGA